AUGGAUGAGUCGACAUCCGAAGAAGUUGAGCUUCCUGAAGAGUUGAACAUGGAUGCUUUCGACAAAGUGACGGCUGAACACCUCUCUUUUGUCGAAUUCUUUUCUCCAUAUUGUAGCCACUGUAAGCAGUUGGCACCAAAAUGGGAACAGACUUACAAAGAAUUCCGCCAGGAAUUGACGGAAUUGGAGGUUCAAAUGAGACAAGUCAACUGUGUUGAAAGUGCUGAUUUGUGUGAAAGAGAAGAGGUGUUUGCAUAUCCAAACUUGAGAAUCUAUGCUCCAAUCCACGAUCGUCAAACUGGCUUGAAGACGGGGAAACUGAAGUUCGUGACAUCUUACCCCCGGUCAUUGGUUAGGACUCCCGAGAACUUCAAGAAGUUUGUGAAGAACGCAGUGGCCGAGUAUUCAAGUGGUGCUAUCGACUUGCCUAGUGCUUCCAAAGAACUCGACUUAGACAAUGUUCUCAAGUACAUUGCUGGGGAUGUCCAGCAACCCGAGUUCGUGAUGUUUCAUCCAGGAACAGAGAAGCAGUGGAAGGUUAGUGACACCACGGGCAAAUCAGCAUUCGCCAAAGGUUGCUACGAUUGUAUGGAUAACAAGCAGAUAUGGGACAAACUCUCGAACCAAGUCUUAACUACGGUUGGCACUAGCCAUUUCAGUUGCGGGUCGAACAAGGAAUUGUGUGCAAAGCUUGGGUUUGAGAAGUUGGCAGACAGUAAAACUGCAUCUCCGGAGUUUGUGAUGUUUUUACCAAAAGCCACUGGCACCAUCAGGUUUGAUUUUAAGGGUUUUAUAACAUUGGAGGCGUUGAAAAAGUUUGCUAGUGAUCUCUAUGAAAACCACAAGUUUGAAAUUGUGUCUGCAAAGACAUUGUCUGAGAUCAUGGAGUUUAGGAAAAGCUUACCUAAUGAGCCUUUGUACUCCUACUACCCACUCCAAAACAAAGUGUCGAUUGUUUUCUAUUAUGAUCCUAAAACAGUUGCUGCUGAGGAUAAAGAUAUCUUGCCUUACUUGUUGGACUUUGCCACCUACUCACCUUUCAACAUGUACAUUUAUACUACAAAGAGUGACAAGUUUGAAAGAGCCAUUGGAAGUCAGGCUCAGAAUAUGGUGAACUUUAUCAACUUUGAUGAAAAGGAGGACAAAAAGACGUUCAACAAGGCCAUGCACUUGGCUACUACUUUGACAACCAAACCAACCCUCUUUAUCAUCAAGGACAAUACUUUGUUUACACCUAUUUUUCAAAGUUAUGCCCCUGAAGACAUAAGAAACAAGGAUAAAGUGCUUGACUUUGUUGCCAGAAAUCAGUUUCCCUUAUACCAAGAGUUGACUCCGGAGUUGAUGCCCCUUUAUUUCGACAAAAAAAAUGGCAACAAUCAAGACAAGGUUGUUGUGACAUUCGUUGAUUCGUCAAAUCCUCAAAAGACCGAUGAGAUCUUCUACCAGAUAUCGUUGGUGGCCCAUCAGUACCAAUAUGUCAAAAACGAGUAUUAUUUCAACGAUAUACUUGAAAAAAGAGGACAGAAGGAAGAACGGGUGAACGAAUUGAAGAAACAAAACGCCGACAGUGUUCAGAUCAUCAAGGCCAUGAGGAAAGAAGUGCCUCAUUUGUUUGAUACCAACCAAGUUCUUUUCACGUUCAUUGAUUUGACCACCAACCCCAACCUCGCAGGGUAUCACGGAUGGAAUGUCAACUCCAGAGAGUACGCCGUAGGUGACACUAUUGUUGUUACCAAAGACAACACUCAUUACUGGGAUCAGGAUUUGACGGGAGAGCCGUUAAAGACCACACCGGAGGAUUUCAGUCUCGUAUUGAAGUACCUCUUGGACCCACAACUCGUAUCUCACAGAGUUGAUCUAAACCUAGUAAACCUCAAGAAUUAUCUCGUUGGAAGCCCCUACGGGGCCUCGCUACGGUUUAUGGAUGUUGUACAUGAAAGAGGUUUUGCCGGAUAUUUGAUUGUCAUUUUGGCGGUGUUUGGUACGGUCCUGGCAUACUUGAGAUUCAAGAAGAGAUCUCGUCGAACCACGAGCUCCAUGGGCAUCAUCGGUAACACUGAAAAACACGACUAG